AUUGAUUGCUUGCCCCUAGCGAUUUCUUCUCCGUCGAUCUUCUUCUUCACCUCACACUCCGGUGUCUCUAAGUCGAUCAACCGCGCCUUCAGGAAGCAGAGAAAGUCAUUUGGGAAAACAUGCCGGGUCAGAAGAUUGAAACAGGUCAUGAGGACAUGGUCCAUGAUGUGCAAAUGGAUUACUACGGAAAGAAAAUUGCAACUGCCUCAUCUGACUGCACCAUCAAGAUAACCGGCGUCAGCAACAACGGUGGAUCUCAGCACCUUGCUACACUAACCGGCCACCGUGGUCCUGUCUGGCAGGUCGCAUGGGCCCACCCUAAGUUCGGAUCCUUCCUUGCUUCAUGCUCCUAUGAUGGUCAAGUCAUACUCUGGAAGGAAGGCAGCCAAAACCAAUGGACCCAAGCUCAUGUCUUCACCGACCACAAAUCUUCAGUCAACUCCAUUGCUUGGGCUCCUCAUGACCUCGGACUAUCCUUGGCUUGCGGGUCGUCCGAUGGAAACAUUUCUGUAUUCACAGGCCGUGCUGAUGGUGGCUGGGACACAACGAAGAUCGACCAAGCACAUCCAGUUGGAGUCACUUCAGUCUCAUGGGCACCAGCCACUGCACCCGGUGCUCUUGUCAGCUCGGGCUUGCUAGAUCCGGUUUACAAGCUAGCUUCUGGUGGGUGUGAUAAUACAGUGAAAGUGUGGAAGCUCUCAAACGGGUCGUGGAAGAUGGAUUGCUUUCCAGCUCUUCAAAAGCACACUGAUUGGGUCCGUGAUGUGGCUUGGGCACCGAAUUUAGGUCUCCCUAAGUCUACCAUAGCUAGUGGUUCACAGGAUGGGAAGGUGAUCAUAUGGACAGUGGGGAAAGAAGGCGAGCAAUGGGAAGGUAAGGUUCUGAAGGACUUUAUGACUCCGGUGUGGCGGGUGUCGUGGUCUUUGACAGGUAACAUGUUGGCUGUGUCCGAUGGGAACAACAACGUGACCGUGUGGAAAGAGGCUGUUGAUGGAGAGUGGGAACAAGUCACCGUUCUGGAGUGAUGUUUCGCUAUUUCGUUUACUGAAUUAAAGACUUUAAGAAACUUUUUCUCAGGCUGGUUUGUUGGUCUAUCUGAGGGAAUGUGGAUGUGGUUUUCUUAAUUUUGGUUUGGAACGUUUUGACAUUUUCAUCUUUUCUAGCGAAUUUUUCUUCUGUUUUUCCCUUUUACAAACACGAUCUUCAUUAGAACAUAUUAUAUCUUAGUUUUACUUAA